AUGGCGAAGAACUCCUUCAAGCUUUCUAAUCCUCUGGAGACGAGAAUGGCUGAAUCUACUCGUAUCAGAGAGAAAUACCCAGACAGAGUUCCCGUGAUUGUGGAAAAAGCUGGACAGAGUGAUGUUCCUGACAUUGACAAGAAGAAGUAUCUUGUACCAGCUGAUUUAACGGUUGGCCAAUUUGUAUACGUUGUGCGGAAAAGAAUCAAGCUUGGAGCCGAAAAAGCCAUCUUUGUCUUUGUCAAGAACACAUUACCCCCAACUGCCGCGUUGAUGUCUGCAAUCUAUGAAGAACAUAAAGACGAAGAUGGGUUUCUUUACAUGACAUACAGUGGAGAAAACACGUUUGGAUCUAUUUGUUGA